AUGUCGCUCUCCAACCAGCCCCCCGCGCCCCUUGCCGAAUACAGCCAGCUGUGCAAAACCCCCAACCCCGACGGCUUUUCAGACCCCUUUGCCUGCAUGGGCACACCGAAGGAAUUUGGCGCUGCCGCCUUCGAGUGGCAGCGAACGGAAGGUAAGCUGAGUGAGAUCGGGCUCCAUGUCCACCCGCCACGUCCAGAUGGGCUGGGGAAAAGCAGCGGCUUCACCGACGAGGACAAGCUCUGCUUCUUCGAAGGGAAGCUGGAGAAAGACCUCAAGGCUGCCUCGAAGGACCAAAGGGAAACUGAGGCGCCGAGCAAGCCUUACCAGCCAGCCUCGGGUCACCUUGAGAAGUGGGCGCCGGGGUCCGAGAAGAGCCAUUUCGGAGAGAGUCCAGGCAUCCUCGGUUCGGCCGGCUUGCAGACCGAGCCGGCUGGAUGCCUGAGGGGAUCUCCGGUCUUAGAACCUAAUAGAGGGAUCACGGAUCGGGAGAAGGCAGCUGGGUCAAAGUCGGGAGAGGUUGAUGCCAAAGGCCGUCCGGAGACCCCGAAAGACCUCUCGAAUCACCUGAUGGAAACAGAGAUCCGGGCGUGGGCCCCCACUUUCGACUCAGUCUUGUCUGAAGCCGCCGGGCCAAAGAACGGAGCCCUUGUCCACAGUCCCGUGGACCUCCUCAAGGACAGUUCGCUCCUAAGCGGUUUCGGCUCUGCGUCGAAGCUGGGGCCGCCAACGACCAUGAUCGAGCUGGCUCAGGAUGACGGGAAGGGCAGCAGCUCAUUCGGCACUGUCCCCGAGACAGAAGAGGAGAGGUUUCUGGCUGAGCUGGAAGAGAAGCUGGACUCAGCCCCCGAGAGCAGCUUUCUCAGUCGGGGGGGCACCCAGCGGAAGGCGAUGCGGCGCGCUAUGUCGGAGUGCUCCCACUUGUCCGUCCCCCCUGCCUUCAACCUGGUAGACAAAUACCCCGAGCUGGUCACCCUCCCUGACCGAGAGUCCCCGCCAAGCAUCCUUUCUCAGAGCGUCACGCCUCGCAAACCAAGCGCCCCGAUGAAAAGAUCGGCCACUGUCUCCGAAGAGCAGGCCUCUGCCCACCGUCCCGGUCAGGACAAUGCUGCCCCCCUCUGCCCCAUCCUGAAGGAGCCUCUCCUCCCCACGGAGGAGGAGGAGGAGGAGGAGGAGAAGAAGAGGGACCGGCAGAUGGACGGCAGCGGCAGUGACGCCGCCGUCAAGAGAGAACUGGGCAGCCCAGGUUCCUUCCACCCUAAACUGGCACUGAUUCCCGAGACGAGCGAUCGGAAAAAAGGAGAAGAGGUGGCCGCCGUCAAAGGGGGCUGUGCCCAACUUAGCGAGGCCGUCCCUUCUGUGGAAGCAGGCAGAAGUUCUCCAGGGCUGGCCAAACAGGCUUUUCCAGGCAUCCUCGGCACUCCAUCUUCCUGGCCAGGAGAGAGACCCUAUGACA